UCCUGCAUGCAUAUGCCAUGCAUUACCCCCUACCCCAUGGAAGCUGCAUUUUAAUAGAGACCCUUCACAUCAGGGGAAAUGCUGAAGCCCCUAAAGACAAUGAAGAACGUGUGUUUCGGGAGCGCAUGCGGCCCAGGAAGCGGCAGGGGGCUGUCAGGCGCAGGGUCCACCAGGUCAACGGCCACAAGUUCAUGGCUACCUACCUUCGGCAGCCCACCUACUGUUCCCACUGCCGAGAUUUUAUCUGGGGUGUCAUAGGAAAGCAGGGAUACCAGUGUCAAGUCUGCACUUGCGUGGUCCACAAGCGAUGCCAUGAGCUCAUAAUUACGAAGUGUGCUGGAUUAAAGAAACAGGAAACUCCCGACGAGGUGGGCUCCCAGCGGUUCAGUGUCAACAUGCCUCACAAGUUCGGGAUCCACAACUACAAGGUCCCCACCUUCUGCGACCACUGUGGCUCCUUGCUCUGGGGCCUCUUGCGGCAGGGUCUGCAGUGCAAAGUCUGCAAGAUGAACGUUCACCGGCGCUGUGAGACCAACGUGGCUCCCAACUGUGGCGUGGAUGCCAGGGGUAUCGCUAAGGUGUUGGCUGACCUGGGUGUUACUCCAGACAAGAUCACCAAUAGUGGCCAGAGGAGGAAAAAGCUCAUUGCUGGUGCUGAGUCCCCACAGCCUGCUUCUGGAAGCUCACCGUCUGAGGAAGAUCGAUCCAAGUCGGCCCCCACCUCCCCCUGUGACCAGGAAAUAAAAGAACUUGAAAACAACAUCCGGAAGGCCUUGUCAUUUGACAAUCGAGGGGAGGAGCACAGGGCAGCCUCGUCCACCGAUGGUCAGCUGGCGAGCCUGGGUGAAAAUGGUGAAAUCCGGCAAGGCCAGGCCAAGCGCUUGGGCCUGGAUGAGUUCAACUUCAUCAAGGUGUUGGGCAAAGGCAGCUUCGGCAAGGUCAUGUUGGCGGAGCUCAAAGGCAAAGAUGAAGUCUAUGCUGUGAAGGUCCUAAAGAAGGAUGUCAUCCUUCAGGAUGAUGAUGUAGACUGCACGAUGACAGAGAAGCGGAUUUUGGCUCUGGCUCGAAAACAUCCAUACCUAACCCAACUCUAUUGCUGCUUCCAGACCAAGGACCGCCUCUUUUUUGUCAUGGAGUAUGUGAAUGGUGGGGACCUCAUGUUCCAGAUUCAGCGCUCCCGAAAAUUCGAUGAGCCUCGUUCCCGGUUCUAUGCUGCAGAGGUUACAUCAGCUCUCAUGUUCCUCCACCACCAUGGAGUCAUCUACAGGGAUUUGAAACUGGACAACAUCCUUCUGGAUGCAGAAGGUCAUUGCAAGCUGGCUGACUUUGGGAUGUGUAAGGAAGGGAUUCUGAACGGUGUCACGACCACCACUUUCUGCGGGACACCUGACUACAUCGCUCCCGAGAUCCUGCAGGAGCUGGAAUACGGCCCCUCAGUGGACUGGUGGGCCCUGGGCGUACUGAUGUACGAGAUGAUGGCUGGGCAGCCCCCCUUCGAGGCUGACAACGAGGACGAUUUGUUUGAGUCCAUCCUCCACGACGACGUGCUCUACCCGGUCUGGCUCAGCAAGGAGGCGGUCAGCAUCCUGAAAGCUUUCAUGACCAAGAACCCCCACAAGCGCCUGGGCUGCGUGGCGGCGCAGAAUGGUGAGGACGCCAUCAAGCAGCAUCCGUUCUUCAAGGAGAUUGACUGGCUGCUUCUGGAGCAGAAGAAGAUCAAGCCGCCCUUCAAACCUCGCAUUAAAACCAAAAGAGAUGUCAAUAAUUUUGACCAAGACUUUACCCGGGAAGAGCCAGUACUCACACUUGUGGAUGAAGCGAUUGUGAAGCAGAUCAACCAGGAGGAAUUCAAAGGCUUCUCCUACUUUGGUGAAGACCUGAUGCCCUGAGCAGCCGCUCCCGGUGAAGUUUGGUGAUGCUGCAAGCAGGGGCGCCGGGAAGAUUCCUAUUUUCCCAUCAGAUGGUCUUGAACUACUUCUCCCCGGAGCCCCAGUCCCUUGUCCACCCUCUAUUUAUUGCAUUCCCUCACCCCGGGGCGAGCUCCUCCCCCCUUCCACCUGAUGACCAGAGGCACUCUUGGUUCUCGUCUCACACACUGCAGAAUUGUGCAGGGUCAGCAGUUCACUGGACCCUCUGCUGAGUUUGGUCUGUUGGCAAGCCUGGCUUUGCUCCUCGGGGGCUUCUGGUAAGGAAGGAACUUCAGGUCUUUUACUGCAAAGAAAAGAAGGAAGAAAAAAAGCAAGCAAGACUCUGGCUCUGUUUUUGAACAUAGAGUCCUGACAAUUCUUGCUUCUCCUCACUCCAGUCCCCCACCCACCACCUGCCACCCUCUGCCAUUCUGUCCAGAAGAGAAGAAGAGACUAGUGCUUCUUCAGCCCAAGGGUGGGCGCCCUCAAGGCGUGCCCAGGAAGGAGAGAGGUUGGAAGACCCCUGAUCGGCUCGCUGUGUUGGUUUGCUCUGGAGUGGCUCAUUGUCAUUUGCUUUGGUUUUAGAUUUGGGGCAUGCCAAAGUUGUAUAAGCAUGUAUCUUGUGAAAGAAAUUGUUCUCCUUAGAAAAAGAAAUUUGAUUUGAACUCUAUUAAUAUUUCAAAAAUAGAUUAUCAAAUUUGCUUUCUAAUUGGCCAAAAGAAAUAAAUUCCAGUGUUAAUACAGGUAGAUAUUAAAGGGCUAAUAUACAAUGAGAAAAUCAUCAGCCAUGGUGUAUGCUCUUAAUGCUUUUGUGGCACCUGGGGGCUCUGAAUUGAGAGAAAAGAAAACUAGUACAGCUCUUUAUUGUUCAAGUUCUGCCUGAACUCCAUGGCUACCCCGCAGAGUGGUCAAGACCCUGGGUUCUAGCAAAACUCAGAUUCUCCAGUUUCAUCCUGAAUCCCCAGCAUCAACUCUAUUUAUUUUCUGCAGCAGUGUGUGAUUUUUGCGCACUUCUACCAAAUGAUAGUACUACUGUGUUGUGGUUUUUAAACAUUAAACCUGUAAAGUUAAAUAUAAAAUAUCUGCUUUCGGAACAAGCAGCAUGAGGCUAAACAUGGGUUAUGUAGAGGGUAUCAGGAGAUUGAAGAGCGACUUAUUGGAACACUGACAGAGUGGCAAGAUGUUCUCAGAGCGUUGUUUCUGUGUGACAUGCAAGGGCAACUCAUGUGGACACUAUUUAAUGGAUGUGAUGUUACCUCCUGGAGAUAUGCUACCAGUGUUACAUUCUUUGAUUUCCAAGGAUUCUCUGUGGCUUUGUGUGUUAUGUUUCCCGGAGGUCGUUGGAUUUUCUAUUUCACUGAACUGACUUAGCAGGGAAUGGAAUCCAUUCCAACGAUUGCACGUGGAUUUCCCAGCUGCCCCUAAAUAUAUAUACUUGUGAGUGGCAAAGUGGCACUAAUGAAGCUUUUUGCCUUUUGUACAUUUGAGAUUUUUUGUAUAUAGUGUUUGCUGCAAGGCCUGUGGAAUUAAUUCAUUGAAUUUAGAGGUAUCAACUGCUGCAUGUUCAGGCAUAUUAUAAACUUUAGUCUAUGAAAGAAUAAUUAUAAUAAUGUCCAGGUGCAAUACUCUGUAAGCGUAUUGGUUCAAGUUACCGAGAGAUAAGGUGUGUUUCCUUUUUUCUUUCUUUUUCUGGGAGGCGGGGGGCGGGAGAAGGGGUGUUCUUCAUAUUGUUUAUUUCAUUUUGGUUUAUUUUAAAAGAUGUAAACAUGUAUUAAGCUAUAUUAAAUCUCACAUAUAGUUCUCCUAUGCUCUAUUAUACCCUGAUAGAGAUGGGGAAGAGAAAGGAAUGUUCUGGAUGGUUGUUUCAAAGUUUGGACAGUGACUAGCUCAAGCCCAUACAGAGCUGGUGCCCAUAUUUGCAUCUGGCUAGUCGUGGCCUUGGUUAUUAGUGAUGACAUUCACUUCUCUUUUAUUUUGAUUUUUGAAAAAACUCAGGUGUAAUUAUUAUCUGUUCUUGUUAUAAUUUCAAAUAUUAUGCUAUAUCAAUUUGUGUGUUCAGCAUACCAGUGAAGAGAUGAAGAACAGUAGAUUAAUUUAAUUUAUCUUCGGUAACUUGACAUAGUAGGGGGAGACUAUCUUCCGGAGUUGAGGACAAGCACAGAAACAUCUUCAUGGUGGCGUCAUCUCAUUUUUUAGGAAAACAUGACAAUACUGCCCGUCUUACUCAUGAAUCACUACUGCUUUCUGUUUUCUUCUCUGCUUCCUUCACCCUGAUGAUUGAACGACCAAGCAAGCUCUUAAACUGUCAUGCCAAAUGGCCUUGUCCAAGGUAUUCCCAUGUCAGCAGGGGUUGGGCCCUUCCUACGGGACAACUGGCAUUUUUGUUGGAAGACGAAUAAUAAUUCAUUCUACCCAGCAGCUCCAAGCAGUCACUCAAGCAGGUUGCCUGGCUCAGAGAUGCCCCCUUCCAGCCCCCAGACAUGGGCUGACUGGGAUGCCUCCUGCUUGAAAGCUGGUCAAGUUCUUACACAGGCAUUCAAAUCCUAUGUAGUCUGUAGAAUAGAGCUUGUAUGUUCCUUGAAUAUUCAUUGUUUCAUUUCGGUUUUCACAAGAGUUUGGAAGCAGACACACUAUUACAUUUCUGCUAAUUCUUUCUAAUCUUUCCAACUAGCUUGCUCACUUUUUUUUUUUUUUUUGAUUCANAGGAGGGAGUAUAAAAAAAUGCCAAAAAAAUAUAUGAAGGAUAGCUGUUCUCCUGUGUUCUCUCAUUAUGGACUUUGUGAAGUGGAAAUAAUUUUUUUUUCCUCCAAAGGUGAAAAAAAUACGUUUCUUACAUUAAAAAAAAAAGGCUAAAAAAUUACCUCUUUUUAAAUUAUGUGCAAAAUAAUUCUGGCUAAAUAUCAAAUGUAUUCAACUUUAGGGAUUUUUUUUUUUUUUGUAUUGUGAUGCUUUAUUUGUACAUUUUUUUCCUUUCAGGAUGUAAUUUUAAUCUCUUGCCAUUCAUUAGUGUUAUUUCAUUGUAAACAUUAUUGUGCCAAAUGUACUGUAUUCAAAAGGAUGUGAAUGUGUAUUGUUUCAGAACCUAAUAAAUACAAUGACGUUAAAUCUUA